GCGUGAGACCCGCCCGCCUCUCGUCAUUGGUCGAGACUCCUGAGCCGUUGGCUCCCAGGCCCGCCUCUCCACCGCCUCUCACUUUUCCCAGGGCGGAUGCGCCUGCGCUCAGCUGCCUGGGCGGGCUGGGAGGCGCGGGUUGAAAAGUCUCGUUCCAAGUUUGGAGAGAGAGAGAAGAGCGUCUCAGACCUCGGUACCCGCGAGCGGGGAGGAGGCAGCAAAGAAAGACGCGGUGUCUGGGGAGUCCCCAGGCCGCAAGCCGGAGCUCAGGCUUCGACAAUUAGGAGAGUGUGACGUGCCUGGGAAAGGCAGGAGCGCCAGCGGUCCGGCUACUCUAUUGAGGGGAGUCCGAGGCGGCGACGAGGGGCGAACAACCCGACGCAAGAUGGCGAGUAAAGAGAUGUUUGAAGAUACUGUGGAGGAGCGUGUCAUCAAUGAAGAAUAUAAAAUCUGGAAGAAGAAUACACCAUUUCUGUAUGACCUGGUUAUGACCCAUGCUCUUCAGUGGCCCAGUCUUACCGUUCAGUGGCUUCCUGAAGUGACUAAACCGGAAGGAAAGGAUUAUGCCCUUCAUUGGCUAGUGCUGGGGACUCAUACAUCUGAUGAGCAGAAUCAUCUGGUGGUUGCUCGAGUACAUAUCCCCAAUGAUGAUGCACAGUUUGAUGCUUCCCAUUGUGACAGUGACAAGGGUGAAUUUGGUGGCUUUGGUUCUGUAACAGGAAAAAUUGAAUGUGAAAUUAAAAUUAAUCAUGAAGGAGAAGUAAACCGUGCUCGUUAUAUGCCGCAGAAUCCUCACAUCAUUGCUACAAAGACACCAUCUUCUGAUGUGUUGGUUUUUGACUAUACAAAACAUCCUGCUAAACCAGACCCAAGUGGAGAAUGUAAUCCUGAUCUUAGGUUAAGAGGUCACCAGAAGGAAGGCUAUGGUCUUUCCUGGAAUUCUAAUUUGAGUGGACAUCUCCUAAGUGCAUCUGACGACCAUACUGUCUGUCUGUGGGAUAUAAAUGCAGGACCAAAGGAAGGCAAAAUUGUGGAUGCCAAAGCGAUCUUUACUGGCCACUCAGCUGUUGUGGAGGAUGUGGCCUGGCAUCUGCUGCACGAGUCAUUGUUUGGAUCUGUUGCUGAUGAUCAGAAACUUAUGAUAUGGGACACCAGGUCCAAUACCACCUCCAAACCAAGCCAUUUGGUGGAUGCGCACACUGCUGAGGUCAACUGCCUCUCCUUCAAUCCCUACAGCGAGUUCAUUCUAGCAACCGGCUCUGCGGAUAAGACCGUAGCUUUAUGGGAUCUGCGUAACUUAAAAUUAAAACUCCAUACCUUUGAAUCGCAUAAAGACGAAAUUUUUCAGGUCCACUGGUCUCCACAUAAUGAAACUAUUCUGGCUUCAAGUGGUACUGAUCGCCGCCUGAAUGUGUGGGAUUUAAGUAAAAUUGGAGAAGAACAAUCAGCAGAAGAUGCAGAAGAUGGGCCUCCUGAACUCCUGGUACACUUUGGCUUUCUUAUGGAAGAUGAAUGUCAUAGGCAGAUUGGAUUGUCAUUGAUCCAUAUAUCUCAAAAAUGAGCCAGAACUUCACAUUCUAGCUGUUGUAGAUGAUUUCAAAAUGAGGGUUCUGGAGGUUAUCGUGAUUGGGCCUUAACAUUUACCAAAACUACUAAGUGGAGCCAGUAAGCUUUUACAUAUGUUUCACUGAGAGUACGUUGAGGACCUGAAAGAUAGUGUGUAGUAAUUUCUCACUGAUUUUAACUGUAAUAUAUCUGAGGGUUGGGGGUGAGCAUAAUUCCUCUUCAGUUAACAAUAUUUAACACUUUCCAAAAGGAUGGGGAAAAGUUUUAAUGACCUGA